AUGAAGUCUUUCAUUCAACUCGUUCUAGUUGCGCUGACCGCCACCGUUGGCGCCAAGAAUCUACAGAAACGCGACCUCUCCCUAUUCCAAGCCUACUUGAGGAAUGCCACAGCUGAUUUUGUUGCGGUUGACAACGCCAUCAUUGGUGUCGCAAAUCAGCUGAAUACGACUCAGCAGUUCUUCAGGCAAGCCAUCUCCACGAUUAAAAACCAGCCGGUCCUGACUCUGGAUGAGGCGAGAACACUGCUUGUGGACUUCUACACGCUCAAGUCGGAGAUUUACAUCGCAAUGGGCCACUUGGCGGAGCGGCGAGAGGUCGUCCAGAAGUCUAGCGAAUGUCGUGCUACCAUACUUCCUCUGCUCCGCGCUUUCACUUUCGGUACCAUAUUCUUCACCUCCGUCUCGCGGAAGAUUCCGAGUGAACUCAAGCCGCUGGCCAAAAGUCUCAGCGACGAUAUGAUGGGCAAGAUCCUUGACCAGUAUAACACUCUGAGUUGCGAUGGUAAUGCGGUCUGA